AUGGCAGCCCUCACUCUGGAAGCUUUACCCAAAAAUGUUGUUGUAGCUGACUCCGUGGGCAAAGUACGGCCAACGAGUUUUCUUCUCCGCUCAGCUUCUGAGCCUCAUCUCAACUACAUGUUUUCCAAGUAUGAUCAUCUUGCUGGGAGGGAUUCUCUAGAGUUCUCUCCCUCCUCGUCCAGGUCUCCGUCGCCAAACGGGAAAGAUGAAUCCAUCUUUAGCAACCCUGAAGACGACAACUCUUCCACCUCAACGAACGGAUCCAAUACCCCAAAACGCCCUGCACCGGUCUUAGAACGUCGACAUACUAUCCAAAGGUCACCUGAACAAUUGUCUUCGAGCUCUUCUAGCUUGCGGUCUUUAAAAUCAAAGAAACGUCCACCAAGCGUCGCAUUUAUGAAGACGCCUGCCUCCGAGGGGCAGGUUAUAACCUUGUCUUCCCAACGAUCGAAUUCUUCCCUCGCCUUAUCAUCUCUAGGUAAUACUAGCCCAAAGAAGGACGAGCUCUGGAUUGGCUUCAAGGGCUUGGAAAGUGAUUAUUCUAAAUUCAACUGCAAAUCAAUCCUCCAGCGAACUCAUGUCCUCCGUAGCUCGCUUAUCCCUUUCAUACGCAGGUUUGAGGGUUCGACCUCGACAGUUCCAAUUGAUAUCCACGAACUCGACCGAAGGAUACGAACAUUGAACAAAUGGUGGACCCUCCUGCUAGCAUCGCUCCGCGCAAAUGGUGCCAAUAUGAUUCCAGUCCAAGACAAAACGACAUACCUCGAGGGUGUUAUUGGGAUCGUAUCCCGACCAGAAUGGAGAUGUGCACCCUCAUCCCUUGCACCGCUUUCGACAAGGAAUCCAAGCCCUUCUAAUUCGUGUUCCUCCCUCUCAUCCGCCUCGUCGACAAUAUCGUAUGAAAAAUCACUGCAGCACGACAUGAAAGUGAUGUAUACAACAUCUCUUCUCGACACUCUCGCCUAUACACUGGAAGGAAUGUCGGAGCAGCAGUGUGGUGGGCUCGUGCAUUUUGCUGGAAAAGUCAUCGCAUAUUCAUUCUUCUUCGUUAAUGGCGUUAGCGAAAUGCUUAUCGGUUUGCUCGGAUUAAAGGCCCCGCAAUUGCGCAAAGUUUUGAAUGAAUACGGUAUCGGGCGUGGGAUGGAUCUUCAGGCAGUGGCUGAAGGUGUCAUAGGCGAAUUCCCGCAAGCAGUUCACUCUGUUGGUUUUACUACCAUGGGAGCUGCUUUACCGCGACUCAAGAAACCAGGUAACUACAUGGUUGCAACAAGUAAUAUUGACUGGAGGGGUCCCUGGAUAUCCCGAUGGACAGGACGAGAGACGGAUAUGUUUUUUGUGUUCGCCAAACACUACCAUCUCUUGCUGGCAGAAUACUUGCCUGUUGGAAUUUCCGCGACGGCGAGACUUUGUGCUCCUGGGUUUUUGUUUAUUCAAGCUCAUAUACUUUCGCUCUUGGAGACCGCCAUCCAGCGUGGACCACCACAUCUCUCACAGUCAGAAAUCAGCUUGGCCAACGUUACUUUCGACGAUAUCGUUGGUGCCCAGAUGGCAAAUGGGAAUGGAAAUACUAUGCAACAGGCGCCAUCCAAGACAAUGUACCGCCCUUUAAUGGACCAGAGGAUUUUCUCGCUUCUAAAAGAUAUCACGAUGGACAAAAAUUUCAACGAUGCCAUGCGGGACGUGUUUGCAACAGCAUUCGCCAACCUUCUCAAAUCAUUAGCAAAGAAUACGAAAAUUAUCGAACAUUCUUCAUGUGUUUCACUCUGCGACCUCUUAGAAGAAGGUAUCCCAGCGCUUUAUCAGUUUGAACAACAAUCCGAAACCGGCGCCAGGUACAUCGACUGGCCAUUCUGGAUGGAUGUUUCGAAGGAGAUGAUGAAAAACGAAAACAGCAUGACCGAGCUUCGACUUUUCUCUUUCAUCUACGUUAUCUGGGAUCUAAUAGCGGAGGAUUCUGAACGGAAAAAGUCGAUUUGCUUAGAUUGGAUCCUCUCUGAGGGCAUGUGGAACCGAUUUUUCAGCCAUUGGUGCCCGAUGGUAAGAGCGUUUUAUAUGAGACUUUUGUGCUGGAGAGUGGGCAGACUUUCAGGUCAAGGAUCGAAUGGCGAGGCCAGUCUUACACCUGAUGGUGUCGAAAUCUCAACAAGCUCCUGCGACAGCGAAAUUUUCGAGACGCUUUUGAUGCGACUUCACGAAUCCCAUGCCUCAUUCAUGUUUCUACGUGAUGAGUCGGACCGAAAUUCGACCGUGAGGCCAUCGAUAGUGCCGUGCCCGCCUGCGCCUAAUCGCAAACUUGCUAUUAUCCGCGUCGAGUCUCAGCCCGGAUUUGGACGACCCUUUUCCCUCGACAAGAUGAUACCGGCACAGGCAGAACCUAAACCGGCGCCAGCACCAGCCAAGCCCGUUCAGACACAAGCGUCAAAUGGAGAAAGUAAUGGUGGGUCCAUCAUUAAGAGACGAUGGUCACUCCUCAGAAAUUUCCUAGGCGCAGCAGAGGCCCUGAAGACCGACUCAUCCCCAACUCCACAACCGAAGGUUGCUCCAGUCGCCCCACAACCAGCAUCGAAAGCAACAAACUCCGGAUAUGUGCCACCACGAACUUCGUCCGGAAAGGAUGUCUGGCAAGGCACCAAAGUUCCAUACGGCGCAACCUUUGCCAACAGAAAUCGGAUGCAAUUCAAAUUCGUCUUGGAAUUCACCGACCGCCCACCACACGCAAGGAAAGGCAAGGGUAACAAUCCUCCACGACUACCUCGUCUAACACAAGAUUGGUUUGAAUCCAACAAUGAGAACAAGGAGCUUCCUCCUGUCGGUCCGCUCGCUCGUCUGCCAACUGGGGCAACGCCUCAGAACUGGAAGUACUUCGGUAGGGCGUUGUCAGAAUGGACACUCGUUGUUGAUGAAAUCGAUAACUUCGUGGAACGCCGGAAAAAUGAGGGCAUCAGGGAUGUUCGGGACUCUGAAAUUCCGAUUUUGUCAGUAGACUCGCUUAGGAAAGGGUAA